CCUACACUUAGACCUAAAGCCUUCACUUCCAUCCAUGGGAAGCUGUCAACUUCACAACCCAAGGUAGUUGAACAACUCCACUGUCGCGUCUACGACAAACAUUAAAAAUCACAACGUCGAUCACGCAAAUAACCUGUAGGAGCACUCGCGAUCACAAUGUAUCACCUCGCCAAAGGCAUUUACCUCUAUGCGACCAGCAAAGAAGAAUACUCUGUAAUUCUUUUAGGCCUUGACAAUGCCGGAAAAACCACCUUUCACGAACAAGUCAAGUCCAUGUUUCUACCAAACAGACCCGACCCGAAACUCAAGACAGUACCCACCGUAGGCCAGAACGUUUCGACGAUACCCCUUCAAGACAUGUACCUCAAGCUUUGGGACGUAGGCGGUCAGCACUCGCUCCGCAAGCUCUGGGAGAGUUACUAUGCAAGCUGCCAUGCUAUAGUCUUCAUCAUCGACAGCACAGAUAUUGGCGACGGAAACAUUGAACAUGAAGAGAACGUUGGCAGACUGGAGGAGUGUCGGCUAGUCCUCGAGGACGUCCUACAACACUCCGAAACUGAAGGGGUACCACUUCUAAUUCUAGCAAACAAACAGGAUCGCGAGGAUUGCGUCGAGACAAUACGAAUCAAGGAGGGUCUAGUAAAGAAGGUCAUGGAGGGAGAUAAGGGCUCUGCUGUCCGCGACUCUCGCGUGCUGGCCAUGAGUGCUCUGACUGGCGACGGAGUCCGAGAAGCUAUCGAGUGGGUAAGGACCAGAGUACAAUGGAAUAAGGAGUCUCGGCCGCCUGUGAUGCGGUAGUCUCUAAGAAGAGCGGCCUUUAUGUGCGAUCACUAGAGCUUAUGAGCUACGACAGUACCUGGUUUGGCGUAUGCAUCGGAGUUUGUAUGGAGCAUCAGUAAAUCACUGUUUAGCCUUGAAGCACGGGAAACACUAGGCGACCGUUUUGCGGGGUAUCAUGGUUUCUAUUGUCCUCUGGGUUUAUUGUUUUUUCUUGGUAUUAAGUUGCAGAUGUUGGCAUCACCUGUCAUUCUCGGCUGUCAGCUCAGCCAUGAGCCCUCCCUUGUCCCUUCGCUUUGCGUCCUCAGCCAGCUUACUAUCCACUAGGUCAGAUAGCUCCUUAGAUCGGUUGAGUGCUCCUUGAGCACACUGGAUGAAUAGUGGUGCGUCAAGAGAAGCUCCUCCCAGUUUGGCAAUCUGACAAAUCUCUCCAUGCUUGUUGAGACUGUAUGUGCAGUGAGAGACUCGCAGUUGCUCCUCAAGCCAGUUGGUAUCAACGAGGACUUGGCUUCCAUCUUCGCCAAAGAAGCUGAAGGUGACACAGAAAGGGGAGUGUAGCCAGCUAAGAGGCACGGGCUCCCGCUCAGCAGGUGUGUAUAUGGUGAGGUUUUCUCCCUCAAUGCUGGAAUCUGGCUUACGGAAAUGUCGAAGAGCUGCAACAACUGCUAGACAAGCCGCAUCUGUAAGGUUUCCAUCAUGCGUAAGGACGUGAAGAUCGACUCUGAUAGACCAACACUUCUGGCCGGCGAUGAGGCAUAGUGACUCGGUGUCUAGCGCGCCAGAUCUUCUGAUUGUUUUCUCAAGAAGCCUGGAGAGAAGAACCUCCUCGAGUGAAGGGCGGUUGACCUCAUAUGAAGGGGCAACCAUGGGACUGAGUUCUGAUGUGAUUGUGAAAACUCCGUCAAAGGGACGGUCUGAGUAUGGCACAGUGACUUCUGC